AUGGUCCCAUAUCCGAUUUCCCAUUAUGUGAGCUGCGAUAAGUUUUUUCCAUCGCAUAGAACCUUUCUUGCAGCGAUUACUGGUGGUGAUGAACCUACGUCGUUUAAGGAAGCAAUGAAAGAUGAGCGAUGGAGGAAUGCUGCAUCAAUGGAGGUUAAAGCUUUGGAAGCCAAUCGAACAUGGGAUGUUACAGAUCUUCCACCGAAUAAGAAAGCCAUUGGGUGUCAUUGGGUUUUUACGAUCAAAUAUACAUCCAAUUGGGAAUUUGAACCCUAUAAAGCACGCUUGGUGGCAUAUGGGAAUAUACAAGAAGCAGGUUUGGAUUAUGACGAAACUUUUGCUUUGUUCAUCAAGAUGACGAUGGUUACAAUGUUUUUAAAAGUUACAGCAGUGAAGGAAUGGAAGUUCACCGGAUGGACGUACAUAACGCAUUCUUGCAUGGUGAUCUUCACAAAGAAGUCUAUAUGA